CUUUUCCACACCUUCUUAACACUUGAAGUAAGAGAAGCAGAAAAAAGAAAAAAAAAAGAAGAGACUACUUUCUGUUUAUUGUUAAAAAUUACAAUUUCUUUCUAGUUAUAAGGAAGACUUUUGGUAAGGAUUUGCUUGUUGUUUUUCACCUAGUGCUUUCCUCUCAUCUUUCCAAUUUGACGACUGCUUUCUCGUCGCUUUCUUUUAUUCGUUAGUUUAUUGAAUUCUCUACUUUUUCUAUUCUGCAAAUCUUUUCGUUUUGUCCUUAAAUCCUAUAGAUCUUCCUAGAGUUUGUUUACGAACAGUUGGCAUUCUAUGUUUCAUUAACCUUUCUCUGGCGAUUAAAUUCAAGCCACCUUUUAGAAACUAGUCUUCUCUCUAUCCUACUCAAAGACAAAUUUGAAUGACUGAAAUUGAGAGCUGGGACGAUGAUCCGGAUUUUGCAUCAGACGCUGACAACGUUAGCCUGUUUGCUCAGUCCAUAGCUACCACCACCACAAGCGCUGACACUACUCCUGAUGAUGACUUUUCCUUCGAAAACUCUCUCGGUAGGCUCAACUCUCUUUCCCUCAACCCUUCUUCCAAUUCUCCUUUACUUGACAAGUCGAUGAAUUCCAAUGUUUGUCAGCUUCACGGUGACUCGAACCAUAAAGGACGUGUCGACGAAUAUGAAGACGACUUUGAUUUUUCCGAAGGGGAAACUAACUCAGAGUUUCAGACUGUUCGACCAAGUCAUUUGUCUUCUGCAGACCAAAAUCAAACCAUCCGUGCUUCACAUCCAACUACCAUUCGACCUAGUAUACAUACCCUUGCACCCGAAAGUGACUAUGAACCGCACGCAGAUACUGCUGCCAGAUCUUUUAAUAGUUCUAAUUCCGCUUUGUAUGAUGAUUUUGAUGAUUUCUCGUCUUUUGAGAACGAUUUAGAAAUCGAUCCCGAUACCGAUCUUGCUGAGAUACUACAAAGGAAGAAUAGAAAUAUCGAUCCAAAAUCCUCCUUUUCCAGUGUCGAACAAUCAUCUCUUCGAACCCCCUCUUCUGCUAGAGAAGAAGAUGAUUUUUGGGACGAUUUUGAGCUUGAUCCGACAGAAGAACCAGAAACUAUUUUUCGUAAGAAAGCUCCCGAACUUAACACUGUUAAUCCAAAGCAUCCGUAUAUAUCCUCCACCAUUGCUUUCCAUCCAAAGGUUCCCCAGGAGACCAGAGCUUAUCCUUUAUGCAAGGAGAUUUUUCCUUCUCUUUCAAAUGAACAAGCGCCAUCUUCUAAUCCCCCAAGUCCCUCAAAACAACACCCAAAUUCCCCAUCGAAGUAUACUCAGAACGGCUUCCCUUAUUCUCAUGACACAAUUCGAGCUUCUCACAUCUCAUCUUCUUCAAAGAAAGAAAAUCCAUCAAAUUUUGCUACAUGGACACCUUCCAGUUUGAAACAGGAAGCUCAGAAUGCCCAUAACUUUUACUUAGACAUAGAUGAUUUAAAGUCGGCAGCAAAAACGAGUAAAUACAGAACUCGUCCUAGACAUGUGCGCAAGUAUGGUGACGGGACAGAAUUAGACGCAUUGGAGGACUUACCUGUGAAUUAUGACUACGAAAAUGGAUACCAAGGUAAACUUACUUCUUCUGUGCCGAAACACUCACAUAAUUCUUCUAUUCGCCCAAGCUCUACUCGUAGCAAGAGAAACGAUAACUUGUUAUCUAAUAUCACUAACAUUCAGAAAAAUGAUUCCUAUAACUAUAAGGGCAAUCGGAAAAAUGCGGUUACUCCCUCAAAAGAAACGACUUUGGAAGCUCUAUCUAAUGACCAACUAAACGCUAAAACUAUAAAAUCUUUCCACAAAAAGAGAGAGCCUACUUUAAUUAAAAACUUGAGCUCUCCGAAGACUCCUAAGUUGGUUGGUAAAAUGCGAUAUAACCCUGCAAAACAAUGUUGGGAAGGUAAUGAUCACGCUAUAAAAGAUUUUGAUGCUCCUAUAUCUCCUUCAAAGCCGGCACUUAUUUCAAACAUUUCAGCUAGGAAAGGCAUUCAAGUGGUGGGCGGCAUGGUUUUUGAUCCCACUAGAUUUCGAUGGAUUAAUAACGCUGAAGCUAUAGAUGAAGAACCAGACCCUUUUGCUGGGCUUGAUGACUUAGACAAUGAAGAUUCUGUUUCGCAAUCAGCGGACAACAGUAAUGACAGUAUUAACAAGUCUAUGAACUCUCUUUUUUCUGACGCCGGUGAAAUUUAUGAUGUCGGCCCAGAAUUUGAGAAGAAACAAUACACAGAAGAGAAGCUUUGGCGCAAAUGGGUAGAUGGCUGGUAUUUGUCCACGAAAAGGAACAACUUGAAGCGGCUUUGGGAACUGUACAAUAUAUUAAAUGCUGAGCAGUAAACUUAAUUUUUGGAAAUAUGCAUUAGUUGACAGCAUUUUUGUACCCAAGUUAUUUUUUUCAAUAUUGUAUAUAUAAUAUUAAUUCGGUUAAAUAUAUAAUUACUCUGGUAUCUGCUACUAAAUUGAACGUAAUUAUUAAGCUCUAAGGUUGUAAUACAAGAC